AUGGCGAGACCAACGGGCUGGCUGAUGGUCCUCGCAUUGUUGGGUUGGCUUGUCGGAGUCCUCCACGCCGGCGCUGGCGACGCCGAUCCUCUCUACAUGUAAUGCCCAUUCCUUCUUCUUUCCUGCUUUUUCGCCUCUGUGACGCUUUGUCUAAAUGGAUUGGGAGAGAGAGAGAGAGAGAGAGAGAGAGAGAGAGAGAGAGAGAGAAGAGAUUCGUAGAUAGAUUAGGUGUUUUCUAAGAAUUCACUGACCGACCGGCAUUUUCGGGUUGAUACCAGAAGCUGCGUAGAACGAUGCGAGAGGGCCGAGCAUUGCCAGCCCUCGUCUGCUGCCAUCGCCAUUGAUGUUCCGAGGAUCCUACAUAUGUGGAGGGAAUGGACUUUCAGAAGCGACUGCAGACGCAGCUGCGUGGCGCAGAGGGAGAUGGAGAGAGAAGAGCUUGGCCUGGAGCCCCUCAAAUACCACGGGAAAUGGCCACAGAUGCGCUCGGGCUUUCUCCUGGUCCGCAUUCUGAUCGACCUCCUGGUGAAGAUGAUCUGUUCGUUGUUUUUGGGAGAUCAACGAAAGUGUCCAUUCUCUUGCAGAACAUGGUUUCAGCCGCGCUUCCGGGGCUUAAUCUUAUAGCGCAGCUCUACGGAUGGCUGUCCUUCCUUCUUCUGCGCCGCAAGUCACCUUGCGGGACGAACUCCUACGAAUACGCCGGUCUGUGGCAUAUCCAGGGUUUGUUAGCGACGAACGCUUGGUUCUGGAGCUCAAUUUUCCACGUUCGGUAAGAGAAUCUCUCUCUCUCUCUCUCCUCUCUCUCCCUCUCCCCAUCUCUUCCUUUCUCCCACUCUAUCUGUGCAGUGGUCAUAAGUUGAUUCCUGUGAGCCCGGCAGGGAGUUUGCUGUGACGGAGAGGCUGGCCUACUCGGCGGCGGUGGCGCUGGUCGGGUACUCCCUGGUUCUAUCCAUCGUUCGGACCUUCAACCUGAGGAACGAGGAAUCGAGGGUCAUCGUUGCUUCCCCAGUGCUGGGAUUCGCCAUUACGCACAUCUUCUACCUGAACUACGCAGAGCUCGACUACGGUAGGCUUCAUCUCGGCUCGGCUCUCCCAGCUUUAUCCUCUUAGGGUUCACGCGCUACGUCCUCUUCUUUUUUCGUGCUUCACGAGAGCCAGUGAUCUAACAAGAAAAGACGAGCACUCACAAGGGAAAAUUAUAAUCUGGGUUUGAUUUCGUGCUGUUGGUAGUUGACUUUUACAGAACUUCGUUCGAUUUUCCUAAGAUUGCCGAUAACUCUGCAUCUGGGCCCCGGUGAAUCCCCUCAGGGUGGAACAAGACGGUGUGCGCCGCCAUGGGCGUAGCUCAGCUUCUCCUCUGGUCGACCUGGGCCGGCAGGACACGCCAUCCUUCCCGCUACAAGAUGUGGGCGGUCGGCGCCGCCGGCGGCCUCGCCGUGCUCAUCGAGGUCGUUGACUUCCCACCUCGCGGAGGUUUCGUCGACGGCCACACCCUGUGCCACGCCAUAGCCAUUCCCUUGACUCACCUGUGGUGGAGCUUCGCGAGGGACGACGCUCUACUCGGGACCUCCCCGCCGCCGAAGAAGAAGACGAAGUAG